AAAUCCAGUGGGCGGAGACUGCCAGAGCAGCACCCACGUGCUAAGAAAGAUUGGGAAAGGUGAGCCCGCUCGGCGCCGGCGGUCCUCAGAAGGCGGAUACUCGAAGGGACUUCCUUUUCCUAGCCUUAAAUUGGGGCGCAGUCCUCCUCCUUGGGUUUCUGUUUACUAGGAGGUUGGAGCUAUCCCUGGAUCUGGGGUCUCAUUAUGUAGUCUUGGCUGGCUCAGAACUCAUUAUAUAGACCAGGUUGGCCUUGAACUCACUAAGAUCUGCUACCCAAGUGCUGGGAUAAAAGCUGACGGAGUUUUUGAGUCUUUCACUGCUGAGAUUUCUUACAUCUAACCAUGCGUCUUUCGGCCCUGCUGGCCUUGGCAUCCAAAGCCACUCCCGGUCUCAACCACCGCUAUGGGAUGAGCCGACCAGGCUCCCUAUCAGACAAGAGGAGCAGGCGGCGCCCAAUGGUGGUAGAGCCCAUCUCUGAGGAAGACUGGCACCUAUUCUGUGGAGACAUGGUGGAGAUCUUAGAAGGCAAGGAUGCUGGGAAGCAGGGCAAAGUGGUUCAGGUCAUUCGAGAGCAGAACUGUGUUGUCCUGGAGGGGCUGAACACGCAUUUCCGCUAUAUUGGCAGAACCAAGGAUCACCGAGGGACCAUGAUCCCCAGUGAAGCUCCCUUGCUUCAUAACCAGGUCAAGCUAGUGGACCCUGUGGACAGGAAACCCACUGAGAUCCAGUGGAGAUUUACUGAGGAAGGAGAGCGGGUUCGAGUCUCUACAAGAUCUGGGAGAAUUAUCCCCAAACCUGAAUUUCCUAGAGCAGAUGGCAUUGUCCCAGAAACAUGGACUGAUGGCCCCAAGGACACUUCAGUGGAAGAUGCUCUAGAAAGAACUUAUGUGCCCCGGCUAAAGACAUUAGAAGAAGAGGUGAUGGAGGCAAUGGGGAUCCAGGAGACUCGAAGACACAAGAAGGUUUAUUGGUAUUGAGCCCGAGAGUACUGCUUCUGCCUACUCAGUCUUCACCUUGAGGGUGGGGACUCCUCCUCCAACACCAAUAAAGAGCCCUGAGUGCA